AUGAGUCAAAGCGCGUGGGAGAGUGAAAAAUAUAAACUUACUCCAAAUCCCCCCGCCGACUAUUCUAUAGUAAGAGAAAUAGGAAGAGGAACGUACGGUAUCGUGUUUCUUGGCGCAAUUAAACAGAACUAUAAAUGUGUGAUAAAGGUGUACACAUUACUGGACGUAGAGUUGGUCAAAAGAGAAUGUUUCUUUCUUAAGCAGGCGGAGCACCGGAAUGUCGUGAAACUUCUCGAUGUUGUGCAAACACCAUACAACGCAUUAAUUCUCGAAUUCUGCAACUCAACACCUUUCGAUGAAGUAGUUAAGAGCUUGACUCCUCAACUCGUCUCAAACUACAUUUUUCAACUCAUGAACGCCAUCGCCUAUUUACACAGUAAACAGAUAAUGCAUCGAGACAUCAAACCCACAAAUAUACUAUUCAAUAAUAAUAAAAGAACCAUUAAGUUAAUAGAUUUUGGACUAGCCGAUUUCUAUGUUGUUGGGUUGAAGUACACGACUCGUGUUGGGUCGCUUUAUUAUAAACCUCCAGAGAUAUUAUUGGGCAUAAGUGAGUAUACACCAGCAAUCGAUGUCUGGGCAGCAGGAUGCGUUUUAGCACAAAUGAUAAUUCGACCCAAACCCCUGUUUACAGGCUCGUGCGAGGAAGACAUUUUAAUAGAAAUUGUGAAGGUUUUAGGAACGCCUGUAAUUGUCGACUUUCAAAGGAAAGAGAAGGUAAAAAUAGAAAGAAGACUCGCUUUUAAAAUCGCGGGAAGACAGAAAAUUGAUUUUGAGGAGAUUACUACAAAAGGUUUUGCGAAACACAAAACAAGUGGGUUGGUCAGCUUGUUGAACGAAUUACUUGAAUUUAAUUACAAAAGGAGAAUAUCAGCAGACCAAAUCAUCAAGAACCAUACAAUGUAUUUUUUUUAA